UUCCACCUCUAAAUAUAGCUAAAAUGAAUGUUUGGAGGUCACAGCUAGCCAUGGCGGCUAUACGUAUAUAUAUACACAUACGUAUAGAGAUAGAAUUAUGCAGAGAUACGGCGACUGUAGGUGUAAAAAUGCAGAACCGUAGGGAAUCAACUGUAGAGAAAAUGAAGUCACUGUACCACAGCCACGCCGUGUGCCGGAACCAGUGCAGCUCCACGGUGGUCCAGACGAUCGACGCGCCGCUGGCGGUGGUGUGGUCGGUGGUGCGGAAGUUCGAGGAUCCGCAGGGGUACAAGCAGUUCGUGAAGGCGUGCGAAAUGGUGUCGGGAGACGGCGGCGCCGGGAGCGUGAGGGAGCUGACGGUGGUGUCGGGAAUGCCGGCGGGGAGGAGCACGGAGAGGCUGGAUCGACUGGACGAUGAGAUGCACGUGAUGGAGUAUAGUAUCAUCGGCGGGGAUCAUAAGCUUGUGAACUACCAGGCGACGACGACGGUGCACGAGGAGGACGGCGGCGGAGGAGGAGGAGGGACGGUGGUGAUGGAGUCGUAUGUGGUGGAUAUUCCGGCGGAUAGCUGUGGAGAGGACACGUGUCUCUUUGCUGAUACUAUAAUUCGAUACAAUCUCAAGUCUUUGGCUAACAUUAUCAAGAAAAUGGCUAAUUAGAUUAUUAUUAUUAUUAUUAUUAGUGGGUAUUUUGC